UUCUUCUACAGUCGUCUUUUUAUCAUAUCAUCAAUUGUCAAAGAGCGAUCGAGAGAGAGAGAGAGAGAGAGAGAUCGGUUCGGUUGUGUUUGUUUGCCUUGCACGAGGAGGAGGAGGAGGAGGAGGAGGAGGAGGAGACCCUAAAGCGAGUCGUCGCCGAGUGAAUCCGAUAAUUUCAAGCUAGGGUUCCAAAGUUUGAACCUUUAAUCCGAUAAACAACUGCCAGCGUGCGUCGAUCUAUCCCUGCCCAUCCUCUUUUCUUCUGCUAUUUCCAAUCAAAACCCGUUUCAGAGAGAGCCGAGGUAGCCUUCCAAAAACUUUGACAGAGAACUUCUGAAAAUUCUCAUCACUCUGAACUUCUUCUGUUCUGGAUAGAAGUUCUGGGCGGUUGGUUGGGCCGAUUGGUGGAGCUGCAGAAGCCAAAAAUCUACGGGUGAAGUUUUUGUUGCAUUGGAUUCAUGCAUGUUUUAACCUAUUGAGCGAAAGUAAGUUAGAGCAGACAUGCAAAGAGAUAAUACUGCUGGAAGCCCAUCAACCCCAAGGUCCCCACGACUGCGGCAUCGUAGACGCUCAGCUGAGUAGUACCAGUGGAGAAACCUCAUUCAGUUUUCUUCUGAUUCUCGUAUUGUACGUUCUGACAUGUACCUUUCUUAGCAACUUAUCCCAGAUGCUAGUAACACAAAUGGAGGUCAUUUACUUGUUGAUGACAAUAAUAAAUACAAGACGAUGUGGAUUCGGGCAUACUCUACUGUUUGGAUGAUUGGAGGAUUUGCAUUAAUUAUAUAUCUGGGCCAUCUGGCUAUUACUGCCAUGGUGGUUGUUAUCCAAAUCUUCAUGGCAAAGGAGCUCUUUAAUCUCUUAAGGAGAGCUCAUGAAGAUAGGCGUCUCCCAGGAUUCAGGCUGUUAAAUUGGCACUUCUUCUUCACUGCGAUGCUGUUUGUUUACGGUCGAAUACUCAGUCAACGGCUUGUUAACACUGUAACUUCAGAUAAAUUUUUACAUAAGGUUGUAAGCAGUCUUAUCCAGUAUCAUAUGGUCGCCUGCUAUUUCUUGUACAUCGCAGGUUUUAUGUGGUUCAUUCUUACAUUGAAGAAGAAGAUGUACAAGUAUCAAUUUGGCCAGUAUGCAUGGACACACAUGAUCCUAAUAAUUGUGUUUACACAGUCCUCUUUUACUGUAGCCAACAUCUUUGAAGGAAUUUUCUGGUUUCUUCUUCCAGCAACACUCAUAGUCAUCAAUGAUAUUGCUGCUUACAUUUGCGGCUUCUUUUUUGGAAGAACCCCUUUGAUUAAGAUAUCUCCAAAGAAAACUUGGGAGGGGUUCAUUGGAGCUUCUAUUACAACUAUGUUCUCAGCCUUUUGGCUUGCACAUAUCAUGGGACAAUUUCAAUGGCUAACUUGUCCAAGAAAGGAUUUAUCUACCGGUUGGCUUCACUGUGAUCCUGGUCCAUUGUUUACACCAGAGUAUCAUACCUUACCAGGAUGGCUCCCGGAAUGGUUUCCUUGGAAAGGGAUCUCAAUUAUGCCAGUUCAAUGGCAUGCUCUAUGUCUUGGUUUGUUUUCAUCAAUUAUAGCACCUUUUGGAGGCUUCUUUGCAAGUGGUUUUAAAAGAGCUUUCAAAGUCAAGGAUUUUGGUGACAGUAUCCCUGGGCAUGGUGGAAUCACAGAUAGAAUGGAUUGUCAGAUGGUAAUGGCUGUUUUCGCUUACAUCUAUCAUCAGUCAUUUGUUGUGCCUCAACAGCUCUCGGUUGAAAUUUUAUUGGACCAGAUUUUGACAAACCUUACUCUCGAGCAGCAGCAAGCUCUGUAUGAGAAGCUUAAACAAGUCUUGCAGGACAGGCUACUCGGAUGAUCAUGUGUGAAUAACCUGUAUUUGUGUUAUCUUCCUCCUCUCCUUGUAUGUUCGUAAUGUUGUCAGAGAGGAAAAAGAAAAUGGUGGUGUUCUGUUUUCGUAGAACGACCCCAUUGAAAUAUUUAGGUCGGAGGCAUCAUUCUUUUGUGCGGAAACUUUGUAUAGUGGCUCUUGGUCAUUUAAUAUAUGUGAACUCUCGAUGGAAGUCCUCCCUCCUCUCCCUCCCUGUAUCUGUGCUUUUGAUGGAUUUGUAAAGAUGGCAAGGCUUUGUCAUAUGUGGAAUUUGAUUAUUCUUAUGCUUACAAUUGAAUGCUUAUUAGUGUUUUAUGAUACCUAUCAAUUGCUUUGUCCUACUACAGGCCCCUGUAUUUGUGCUAUUUCAGUCAUUUUGUAAUGGACAUUGAUGAUAACUUUGUAACGGACAUUGAUGAUAACUUGUUAUAAUCACCUUUCUAUCA